CAAGUGAAGCACAGGAAAGCAUUUACAGAAUGUAUUUUUGCAACAAAUUUAAAAUAACUAAAUAAAAUUAGCAGAAUGAACCAUUGGGAUUAUAUAUCACUCAUCAACAUAAUAACCACACAACAUUAUCCUAUCAAGCCUUGAACAAUUAUAUAACGCACCUCAACGUCGAAGUCCCACCGGUUUAGACUUGGCAAAAAUCCACCCGACCCGUCAACCCGACUUUAACCCAACCCUUAAAAAACGGGUUAGGGUUUACAUAUCUCAACCCGCAACCCGUAGAUAACCUGUAUUAUCAACCUGUACGGGUUACGAGUCGGGUUAGGGUCAACCGGCGGGUUGACGGGUUGACCCGUUUGUUUUAUUUUUUAUUAUUAUUUUUAAAUAUUAUACUUAUCAUCCUUAAUUAAUUUUCCUAUUGAUAACUCCUUCCAUUAAUUCAUACUCCCAAUUUUUAGAGAAAGAAGAAGAAAUUAUGAUAAGUUUGAUCUAAUUACCUAAGCCUUAAAAAUAGAAACUAAGCCCAAAAGAAGUGUAGGCCUAGCAAGGUAAGGCCAGGAAAAUACAGACACAACCCAAAUGAAGACAACGGACUCUGAAAACAAAAAUCUAUUUCCAUCGUCCGCGGUGUUCCUAACUUCCUGCUACCCUACAGCCACCACUUUUCCCUCAGGGUGAUAGUGACACUGAGGAAGAGGAGAGUGAUUAUGAAGAUGAGGUUGAAAAUCAAUUGCUAGCAAGAUGAUGAUUAAUGAAGAAUUGCAUGUAAGUUAGGACCAGCCGACCACAAUGUUGAGCACGCAAGGCUACAAGGUGUCGACAUUCUAAUUGACUGAGAAGCUUUCAGUUCUUGCUGAAAGUAAUGAGAGGGUAGUAGAGGCAAGGAUUGAUGGUGGUGGUGGAUUGAAUCUGCUCAUUAGGCAGAGAGAAAACCAUUAUUAUGCAGAUGGGACAACUACUGGCGAUAGGUGGCAAGACAUGUCUUUCGCUCAGAGGAGGCAAGAUAGUGGCAGGCAUACAGGAUAUGGUGCUGGUGGUGGAAGAACAUUGGCUUUUGGUCAAGCUGCUGGAGGAAGCUAUUGGUCCAAUCAGUUGCGAGGAGCAGGUGGACAUUCUGGGAGAAUUGCUCCAUCAGUUAAAGGUUAGCAGAUGGAUGCUUCAAGCCACAUAGUUAGUCUUUACCGUGGGCCGCGUGCUUAAAUAAUCAUAAUAGCAAAUGAUUGGAGGAGUUGACUAAUUUUUAAGGAAUUUUGGUUUUGUUUCUAAAAUUGUAGUAGAUCAGACCAUAUGUUGUCUUUAAAAUGUUUCUAAUCUAUUUAUUAAUCUCCAGAAUUUUGAAAUGUAGUACCAUCAGUGAUGGAUACUUUGCUACCAUUUCUUUGAACCAUCCUUCUUCAGUACUUUUGUUUGUUCAG